AUGGAACCGCUCGGUGCAUUUGCCAGCAUUGUCACCAUCGUGGCAUUAAUCAGACCAACUGCUAAGCUCGUCAAAUCCCUGAAGGGAAUCACCUCGGAUGACGGCUAUGUUUCCAAGGAAGUUUUCAGAAUGGUCAAGCGGAUUCAGGGAUCGGCCACUAGUAUUGACAUUGGGUUAGAAGCGCUUAAAUGCCACUCAUCAACUCUUGAAAAAAUGCAGCAAACACAGUCAAAAGUUCUACAGUCCAUCAUUGACAACAAGUCCUUGGAUAUCAUCGUAUCUGGUACGGAAUCCAUUCGCAAGCAGAUGAGCGAUACAACACGCGACCUGAAUGAUAUGAGAGAGAGACCAAGAAUCAUCAAGAAAAUCGACUGGCUCCUACGGAAUAAGAUGGAAGUUGAGUCACUAUUUCCCGAGAUGCAGCUCGUAGUGGCUUGCCUCUCUCUUGUCUGUCCCAUCAUUAGAAUAGAGAUCGAUAAGUAUAUCCUCAAAAAGUCAUCCGGCGAGGUUGCACAAUGUUUAAAGCAAGAGAUAAAAUCUUUACUCAGGCAGUUGGAAAUAGUUGAGGAACAGUUAAGCAUGGACGACGAUCUAUACUUUGAAGCUGCAACGAAACCGCUUCUUCGCCUGGCGCAGAGUGUGCGACGAAGUAGUUCGGCACGUCGACCUCAAGGAGCACCUUCUGGUCGAAGAUCACCCGUCCCAGAGGAAACAUUUCUGAGCCCAGCCCCCUCUCGCACCCCACAACCGUCCCCGAGAGCAAGGCGUCCUAAGCCUCAAAGUGAUCCAGUGCCUUGCGAAGUCCCAUCGGAGGCAACACGACAUACAUCCAGUAGCUCCGAGUCUUCUCGACCUCGCUCAGCCGUUCCAUCAUCAUCGCCACAGACUCCAGACACGCCUGCGACUCCGCAAAGCCCUGAUGCCCCCAAGUCACCGAGAAUAGACACCUCGGCACGCACGGUUGGUUCACGCGAGGGAAUUGUCCGGGCCAUCCAAGGGCAUAUAAUCAACCACGGGAAAGCUAUUCCAGUUAAAAGCGCCAUGAUUGACAACCUUGGGUCCUUCAAUUACAUUUCAGUCAAAACAGCGACUCAACUUGGCCUUGAUAUUCAGGAGCUUGACCCUGGUGAACAUAGCCAAACACAUGACGGUGCACACGAGAGGAUACUGCCUGGGAAAGUGAUUGGAAAGGUUACAGGUGUAGGAUGGAGAAAAGCAGGAUGGAGAAAGCCUAUCCCCGCUGAGUUUCUGGUCAAGGAUUCCUACCGCGGUAGGAUGUAUGAACAUGUCGCUUUUGGGAUGAUAUUUGCCUCCGAUUUUGAUGCGGCUGGGGGAGGUAGUUGA